GUAAAUACUCCUAAUUUGCAGCCCCUCCCCCUAGCAACUCACAAAAUGGCGUACAGAUCAAACACAGCUAGCUAAGUCUUUCAUUUAUUUGCAGCUCAACGAGUCUGUAUAGCAACCAAUAUAAUAGUCCUAAAAGAUUUAUAGUGACCAGAUAAGCAGUUUUAAGCAGUGAAGAAAGAUGGAAAUUGUAUACGUAUACACCAAGAAACGAUCAGAAUUUGGCCGGCAGCCUCUAUUUUCCGACCGAGGUGCUCAGCUUAACAUCGAUAUAGAGCCUGAUGUCUCACUCAAAGAUGACUUCAUUGAGAAGAACCCAGUGGACAUGGCCCUACAGUAUGCACCAGAGAUGUCAGAGCAUGAGGUGAACACAGAGCGUUUUGAGACAGAGAGCCGAGGUAUGAACCACACGGAGGGAGGCUGGCCUAAAGACAUCAAUCCCGCUGAAGUGGAACAAACCAUUCGAUUCAGAAAGAAAGUUGAGAAAGAUGAAAUAUACAUGGGCAUCAUCAACCGACUGGGAACAGAAAUGGAGCAUUACCUCAAACAGAACAAUGCUAUAGACAUCUAUGAGGAGUAUUUCUCUGGCUCCAACGCCUCUAGUGUUGUGGACGAUUCUCCCUCAGCCAAAACCCUGAGUGUAUUCAGGGACCCUAAUGAGGUCAAGAGAGCAGUGUCGCACAUCUCCUGGUAUCCUGAUGGAGCACACAGACUAGCUGCUGCCUACUCCACCCUCGGCUUCCAGAAGGGCUCCACUGGGGUACCUCUAGAAUCAUACAUCUGGGAGCUAGAGAAUCCUAAUAAACCAGAGCACACCUUGAAGCCCUCCUCCCCUAUGCUGUGUCUGGAGUACAACCCUAAAGACCCUCAUCUGCUGGUGGGAGGAUGCUACAAUGGCCAGCUAGCUCUGUUUGAUACAAGGAAGGGAUCACAACCACUCGAAGUCACUCCAGUAGAAAUCAGUCAUAAAGACCCUGUACACAAACUCGUAUUCCCCUCCUCAAAAACAGGCUCUGAUGUGUUCUCCACCUCCUCUGAUGGUCAGGUUCUCUGGUGGGACAUUCGUAAACUGGGAGAGCCAGUGGAGACACUACCACUCGAGUUUGGGGGCUACAAGCCUGGAGAAAAACUGGGGGGUAUUGCGCUGGAGUACGAAUCAUCUAUGCCUACCAAGUUCAUGGUGGGUACAGAGCAAGGUGUGAUUCUCCUAUGCAAUCGAAAAGUCAAGAAUCCUCAGGACAGAAUUUCAUACGCAUUCACUGGUCAUCAUGGACCUAUAUACUCGCUUCAGAGAAACCCCUUUUAUCCGAAAUACUUCCUGUCAGUUGGAGACUGGACUGCAAGAUUGUGGUCUGAGGAUGCCAAAGAAUCUCCCAUCAUGUGGACCAAGUACAGCUCCAGUCCCCUCACUGAUGCCUGUUGGAGCCCCACCCGACCUGGAGUCUUCUACACAACAGGAAUGUCUGGAAACCUGGACGUUUGGGAUGUACUGUUCAAGCAAAACUCUCCCACCCUCACACUGCAAGUGUCUGAUGAGUCACUACACUCUGUGUGCUGUCAUGAUCAGGGUAAACUGUUGGCUUGUGGCUCUCUGGCUGGUGACAUCACUCUACUGGAGAUGUCUGGCUUCCUGAGUAACCUACAGCCAAACGAAAAACAGAACAUAACAUCGGUGUUUGAACGUGAGACUCACAGAGAGAAGAUUUUGGAGGGACGACGUCGUGAGAUUAAACUCAAGGCCAAGCAAGCCAGUGCUGCUGGUGGAGGGGGCGGAGUUGUGGCAGGUGGAGGGGGUGGAGGUGAGGAAGCUGAGGAUGAGGAGGACUUCGUUGGCAAGGCAGAGACAGAUUUCUGGGACACUCUCUCCCACGAGCAGAAGACCAUUGAAGCAAAGGAGGCCAAGAGACGUGAAGCUAUGGCUCCCAAUAACCAACCCACACCCAUACCUGAGGAGGGGGACGAGAGGAGAGAAGAACCAGCAACAGACUCACAAUAAACUCCUUUAAUUUUAGUCAGUUUUUUCUUUAUGCAACCACACAAACCCGAAGUCUAUGUUAUGGUCAAAAAUCUCUUAUACCUUAUUUGCAAUGUUUUUGGCCACAGUGAAUAAUUAAUUUAUUAUGA